AAUUUAAUAAUUUAAUAUGUUCCUCAGGGCUUCUCUGGUUCUAGAUGUCCAAAAGGAUAACCUUGUGCUGUAGGGUUCUCCACAGUAUCUUUAACAAUUUCCCCAUGCACACACUCUUUAGGUUGAAUUAGAAAGAAAAUAUUUUUUAUUAUUAUUAUUUUUAUGGGUAUAUAUUUGUUUGGAAAGAUAAGAGAAAUGAUGGGCGUACAGUUACUGAAGCACAAACCUGUGACUGUGAGCUAAUUGUGCUGGAGGAUUGGUGGAGGCGGAAGUGGCGUGCUGCCUGCUGUCUCUGGCUAACAGUAGAGGGAGGGAGAGAGCGAGAGAAAUGGCGCCUCGGCACUCUAGCUGAGAGACAGUCAAUACAGAGGGAACUGACAGAGCCGAGAGGAAACAAUACGGUAGAGGAGAAAACAUGGUGAACACAAGAAAAAGCACGCAGCUCCAGCCAUGCAGUCUUGUCAUCUCCGGUCGGACGCGGUCGUCUCUUAGGAACAACCCAAACUUGGAAGAACACAACCAUAAUGACCCCAGUAAUAUCAGCUCCGGUAGCCCGCGCUUGUCCCCUCCGUCUAAGCGAAAACGCAGACACACGACGCCUAGCUCCAGUGACACUUCCCCAAGUCCCCAGAGCAAAGCGCAGAGAGUUACAUGGAACACCUCCAAACACUGCACCAGGUUAUCCACUGGUGCUUUGCAAAAUGGACACGGCCGAAGAACACUGCGGGUAGAUGACAGCACAGAUGGGGACGAUGCUCGCUUGAAUGGCCACGGUGAGCUGAAGAGGAGCUGUCGCUCUAGGAAGAGCCGCUUUCAGCACCUCAACCAGAGCCUGCUGUUUGACCAACUGGUCAACAGCACGGCAGAGGCGGUGCUUCAGGAGAUGGACAACAUCAGCAACAUACGACAGAGUCGGGAAGUGGAGCGGCUCCGGAUGUGGACAGACACAGAACUGGAAAACAUGGACAUGUAUUCACGUGUGAAAAGGCGGAAAUCGCUAAGGAGGAAUACAUUCGCGAUGCAGACACACCAUAAAGUCAUCAGCAAAUCUGAAGCUCCAGAAGAGGAGGGAAGGGAGGAAGAAGAAACCGAUGAAUCCCAUGAAGAGGGAGAUGAUGAUGAAGGGGAGGAUGAUGAAGAUGAUGAAGGUGAUGAAGCAGAGGAAGCAGGAGAGGAGAAUGACCGACCGUACAACCUCAGGCAGCGUAAAACUGUGCAGCGUUAUGAGGCACCACCCAUUGUGCCAGUGAACAGAAAACAAAGCAAGAACACAGUGUUUGACACACACAGGUCCCCUGCAAGAAGAAGCCAUAUUAGAAUAAAGAAGCACGCCAUCCACAGUAGUGAUACAACGUCCUCGUCGGACGAGGAGCGUUUUGAACGGAGAAAAAGUAAAAGCAUGACACGUGCUCGGAAUAGAUGUCUGCCUAUGAAUUUGCGAGCAGAGGACUUGGCCAGUGGCGUUCUUCGCGAUCGAGUGAAAGUUGGUGCUAGUUUAGCUGAUGUGGACCCCAUGAAUCUGGAUACCUCUGUGAAGUUCGACAGCGUAGGAGGGCUUACUGCUCACAUCAAGUCUCUCAAGGAGAUGGUGGUCUUUCCUCUUCUCUACCCUGAAGUGUUUGAGAAAUUUAAGAUCCAGCCUCCAAGGGGUUGCCUGUUCUACGGGCCUCCGGGGACAGGGAAGACUUUGGUGGCUCGGGCGCUGGCUAACGAGUGCAGUCAGGGUGAAAAGAAGGUUUCCUUCUUUAUGCGAAAGGGAGCUGACUGCCUCAGCAAAUGGGUGGGAGAGUCAGAACGACAGCUCCGCCUUCUCUUUGACCAGGCAUACCUCAUGAGACCAUCUAUCAUCUUUUUUGAUGAGAUUGAUGGCCUUGCACCUGUUCGUUCUAGCAGACAGGAUCAGAUUCACAGCUCCAUAGUUUCCACAUUGCUGGCUUUAAUGGAUGGUUUGGACAGUCGAGGGGAGAUAGUGGUCAUUGGUGCUACAAACAGACUUGACUCUAUCGACCCUGCACUCAGGAGGCCUGGUCGUUUCGACCGGGAAUUUCUGUUCAACCUGCCAGAUAAACAGGCUCGAAAGCACAUUUUAGAAAUUCACACCAGGGAUUGGAACCCAAAGCUGUCAGAUUCCUUUAUGGAUGAGUUGGCAGAAAAAUGUGUCGGUUACUGUGGUGCCGACAUCAAAGCACUUUGCACGGAGGCUUCACUGGCGGCAUUGCGCCGGCGCUAUCCUCAAAUAUACAGCAGCAGUCAGCGCUACAAACUGGACGUUGGCUCUAUCGUGCUGGGGCCGCAGGACUUUGGCUGUGCUCUGCGUACUAUUGUUCCAGCUGCUCAGAGAGCUCUCGCACCACCGGGCCGAGCUUUGUCUUGCACACUGCAGCCUCUGCUGGAGAGAUCACUGGCCCAUACACUCACCUGCCUGCUUCGAGUCUUCCCCCAUGCAGAGCUCCCACACAGGGAACAAACACACGACUCUGACAAUCAGCUGCUGGAGGAGGACUCUUACAGCGAGGCUGAAGAUGAAGCUGGUGCUCAGUCCAUUUAUGAUGUUCAGCCAGGAUCCCCAAAGACAUCACACUACCCCACAUUACACAAACCCUUCCUUCAUUUUACUACGUCUGCCUAUCAGCAGCCAACCUCAUACCGACCACGGCUUUUGCUGACAGGGCCUCAGGGUUCGGGUCAGAGCACACACCUGGCCCCUGCUCUGCUGCAUCACCUCAACAAGUUCACUGUGCACCGCCUUGACCUGCCCACGCUCUACUCUGUCAGUGCCAAGACCCCAGAGGAGUCCUGCGCUCAGGUGUUUCGGGAAGCUCAGCGGAGUGUGCCAAGUGUAAUCUACAUGCCACACGUCAGUGAUUGGUGGGAGGCCAUAAGUGACACGGUGAAGAGUACGUUUCUUACACUGCUGCAGGACGUUCCCUCCUUCACCCCACUCCUCAUCCUUUCCACGGCCGAGAUCAGCUACCAGCAGCUCCCUGAAGAGGUAAAAUGCAUCUUCAGUCGGUCAUACGGUGAGGUGGUGUGUCUAACAUCACCUCGGGAGGAGGACCGCAAAAAGUUCUUCAGUGAUCUCAUACUGGUGCAAGCAGCCAGGCCACCACUCCAACCGAGAAAAAAAGCGUGUGAUCUUGAGGUGCUGCCCCUGGUGGAAGACCCUGACCCUCGGCAGCUUUCUCCAGAGGAGCAGAAGCGACUUGAGGAGCAGGAGGAGAACACCCUGCGCGAGCUCCGCCUCUUUCUCAGGGACGUCACCAGGCGGCUGGCCACCGACAAGCGCUUCCACAUCUUUAGCAAGCCUGUGGAUAUCGAGGAGGUAUCAGAUUAUCUUGAGGUCAUCAGAGAGCCUAUGGAUUUGUCCACUGUCAUGACAAAGAUUGACACUCACAAGUACACAACCGCGAAAGACUUCCUGAAGGACAUUGACCUCAUCUGCAGUAAUGCGUUAGAGUACAAUCCAGACAAAGAUCCCGGAGAUAAGAUCAUUCGGCAUAGGGCUUGCAGUCUGAAGGACACGGCACAUGCGAUGAUUGCCUCCGAGCUGGACCCAGAGUUUGACCGCACGUGUGAGGAGAUUAAAGAGUCUCGAAGGAAAAGAGAGUUCCAGAUGCCGCAGCAGCCAGCUGCCACUCCAGCAUCUGUAACAAGUAGAAGGCCUGUUGGUCCAGACGAGACCACUGGCAGCACCGCUCAGGCUGAUGUGGUGGAAAAGCAACACAACACUGGUGGAACAGAAGUAGCACAGAUGCUGGUGAGAUGCAUUACCUCUGGGCAUGCUAAUGUACGCCUCGCUGCAGGAGGUUGCAUAAAGCGCAAGGUUCGUCGUCGGUCAAUUUGGGAGAGGGGCAUCAUCAGGAAGAAGAAGAGCAGCAAGAAGGAGGAGCUAGAAGAUGACGAUGAGCCUGAGGAAGAGGAAGGAGCUGAUGACUCAACCGUUCCUAUCCAGGGUAAUGCCAGUCCAGCUCAGGAUGAGUCCUCCUCUGAUACCUUGGAACCCCAAACAGAUAAACCCCUUCCCCAACCCAAUGGGUAUGCUCUGAGCACUGAAGAGGAGAGCUCCAGUGAAGCCACCACGACUCAAGAUGCUCAAGGCCAAGAUAAGGCCAGUGCAACUACCUUUAAGAACCCUCCUUCUGCAGGGGAGAAAGAGGCAACCGUGCUCUCUGAGCCCCAAGAGUGUGUAAACGGAGACGAGUCACUGGACAGUAUAGACAGUGAAGCCAAUGAAAAGGAAUCGGGGAGUAUUGAAAAGGAGAUCACAGCUGCUUUCAGAGGAGGGGAACAGGCUGGUUCGGAAGAUGUGGUGCAAGAAUGCAAGGCGAAUGAUUGUACACCAGCAGCAGAUGAAGCAGCUAGUGAUGGAGUUCAUGAAAAAGAAGGUACCUCCAGAGAGAAGACGUGUAGAAGAAGCCAAUCAGAACAGCAGAAGGAAGUUCUAGCAGAGAGGCCAGAGGACCCUCCACAGCCUCCGCCUCCACCUGCUUUAGUUGUAGACUAUCAGCGCCUCAAGGCCCUGCUAGAUCAAGUUGUGAUGAAGAGUAAGGGCUACAGUGUGGAUCAACUGGAACGACUUUACUCGGUGCUCAGCCAGUGUAUUUACCAGUACCGCAGGGAUUACGACAAGACCUGCCUGAUCGAGGAGAUGGAGAGGCAAGUCCAGCAUUUCAAUACAUUCCUGUGAUGAAACAAGGCGAUCAUAAUCAGAGACUCCUGCGAUGCAGAAGGAGACCAACUUAAAGAACCAAGCUGCUACAGCGAGCCGAGCAGGUUUGGUGUUAAAUGGCAAAGGAGGAGUUAAAGGAGACUUGCAAAGACUUUCAGUGGCAACCUUGGUGCUAUUGUCUCAGGUACCUGGACAGAACUAGUCUACAGAACCAAACACAAGUCAAGACUCGUAUAGGUUUCAGAAACAUAUAUGCCAAUUUCUAAUGGCCGUUCUUGGUGCUAUUAGGUGCUAUUGUUUUUCCAUUUGCUGCUCCUUGAGUUUCUUAAAAAAAAACAAAAAGUGAGAAAAGAAAUAAAUAUCAUCAUAUUAAAAGGAAAAAAAAAAAGAUUGUGUGAUGUCACUUGAACACCUUGGUCUCAUUUGUCAGGAAGAGACAGCACACCACCACACAGGCACAGAUUCUCACCAGCAGUAGUAAAACCCCACAUGAAUGAGGUGUAAUGCCAUGAGGUCAUGCCAGUUUGUGAUUGACUGUGGAGACCAAUCGCAUCAUUCUCCAUCUAUGAAAACCAUUUUAAUGCGUUAAGUCCCUGUGAUCUUCCACCAGAAGGCAUUUAAACGUAAGCAGCGUGUAACUAACACAGAAUUGUAAGCGUUUUCUACCUGAUGCAUGUGGUGUAUCUUUCGCAGUGGAAAAGCUGAAGCCCCAUCAUAAUAAGAAAAUCCACAAAACUGAUCGCUUCUGUUAUUACAGUGGAAUUAUUAUAAAUACCACGAUGCAGUAAAUUUGAUUCCGAUCCUUUUUUUUUUGUUGUGCAUUUUGAAAUAAAUGCUAACAUAUCUAGCUACAGCAUCAGGAAUGUUUUACAAAAGAUGCGUUGCCUCUUAAAAGUUGAUCUCUUCCUGUCCAAUGAGCAUUUACAGUUUGGUAUUGUCAUGGCCACAUAUAUUUUUGUCUUUUGGGAAAAGAUGGCUUGUCUCAACUCUUUGGACUGUUUAACAAAUUGCUCAUUCAAAAUUGUUUGCUGUGUAUUUAUUUUAUUUUAUUUUAUUUGUUUUAAUUAAUAAGCAUACCUACAUGAUUUUCACCCUCAAGACAAUUGUUCUGAUACCAGUUGGUUAUGCCAUGACCUUAAGUUGUAAUAUUUUGUAUCAUUUACUUUUUUAUUAUUAUUAUUACCUCUUAGUUUGGGUUAUAUGAAUGCUAAGAUUGUUUGCAUUAAUGAAUGAAUGAUGAACUAGGCAAUUUUAGCCAGUGUGCUUUGAUCAAUAUAUGGAGCAUUAUUAUUGUGUUAAAAAUGUUUUUUAAAAGGUAUUUCGGCUUUUUUUUGGGUCUAUGGUUUAGUUGUAUUAAGACCUUUUGAUUAGUAGCUACUUAUUCUUUUAGUAGCUAGGUUCUAGUUGGUUUUUGGCCUAGUGUGUUUAAUUGCCAAGGCCUAUUCUCAGAAAGAGUUGAACCGCUUCUUUCUUCAGUUUGCAGAAAAACAUUUCUGAAGUUAAGACUCAUCUCAAUUUUAUGUAAAGCUGAGUAUACUUACAAACCAUUAAAAAAAAAAAAAAAAAAAAAAAAAAAA